GGCAAACAAUAAAAAGGAAAUAUAAAACUCAAGAGUCAAAGUUCAAAAUAUGCACUCUUUAUUUAUAUUUGGUUUCAUUACCUGAUCAUAAUAAAAGCCAAUCAAUAUAUAUAUAUAUAUAUAUCAGCCUCUCACUUAAACCUUUGUCAGUUCGCAAAACCAAACAACACCAACAAAACACAAAAAUGGAUUACGUUCUGAGUUUAUUGCCACUCGUCUUGUUUAUAUUAGCUUACAAAUUCAUAUUCUCAUCCAAAAAGCAUCGUUUCAAUCUCCCACCAGGACCAACUCCGUUUCCCAUCGUCGGCAAUCUCCACCUCGUGAAACCGCCGGUACACCGUCUUUUCCGUCGCUUCGCAGAAAAAUAUGGCGAAAUCUUCUCCCUCCGUUACGGCUCUCGCCAAGUCGUAGUGAUCUCUUCUUUGCCUCUCGUUAAAGAAUGCUUCACUGGCCAAAACGAUAUCAUUUUGACAAACCGCCCGCAUUUUCUAACAGCUAAACACAUCGCCUACGAUUACACCACGAUUGGAACCGCCGCUUACGGCGACCAUUGGCGUAAUCUCCGCCGUAUCUGCUCUCUUGAGAUCCUUUCCUCUCAGCGUCUCACCGGAUUCCUCUCCGUCCGUAAAGAUGAGAUCCAGCGGUUGCUCACGAGACUCUCACGUGACUAUAAUGGCCGUGUUGUUGAGCUUGAAUCUCUUCUUGCCGAUUUAACGUUCAAUAAUAUUGUCCGUAUGGUCACAGGGAGACGCUACUACGGAGACAAGGUUUACAACAAGGAGGAAGCGAAUCUAUUCAAGAAACUAGUGACGCAGAUCAACGACAAUAGUGGUGCGAGCCAUCCAGGAGAUUAUCUACCGAUUCUUAAAGUGUUCGGACACAGCUACGAGAAGAAAGUGAAAGAACUCGGCGAAGCCAUGGACACUUUCUUGCAGCGACUGCUCGAUGAUUGCCGAAGAGAUGGAGACAACAACACAAUGCUUAGUCAUUUGUUGUCUUUACAACAAGAACAACCCAAGUAUUACAGUGAUGUCAUCAUCAAAGGCCUUAUGCUCAGUAUGAUGCUUGCGGGGACGGAUACAGCGGCUGUGACGCUAGAAUGGGCGAUGGCGAAUUUAUUGAAAAACCCUGAAGUGUUGAAGAAGGCAAAAGCUGAGAUAGACGAGAAGAUUGGACAAGAACGUUUGAUCGAUGAACCGGACAUUGUGAAUCUCCCUUAUCUCCAAAACAUAGUUUUGGAGACGUUUCGGUUGUGUCCUGCCGCACCGCUCCUUGUCCCGCGUUCUCCUUCUGAAGAUCUAAAGAUUGGCGGAUACGACAUACCACGUGGCACGAUCGUACUAGUGAACUCUUGGGCCAUCCAUAGAGACCCGAAGCUUUGGGAUGAGCCAGAGAGAUUCAUGCCAGAGCGGUUCGAAGACGAAGCAGCCGCGAAUGCCAAUAAGCUUAUGAUGUUUGGGAACGGACGAAGGACGUGUCCCGGUGCGGCUUUGGGACAGAGGAUGGUGUCAUUGGCUUUAGGGUCGUUGGUUCAAUGCUUUGACUGGGAAAAGGUCAACGGUGAGGAGAUUGAUAUGACAGAGAAUCCAGGAAUGGCUAUGCGUAAGCUCGUGCCGUUACGAGCCGUUUGCCAUGAGCGUCCCAUUAUGACUAAUCUAUUGGCUUAAGAUCACACGAUAUUAACCUACUCGGUUCACAAUACCCGGUUAAAGCGUCGUUUGCGGAUUUCUUUUAUAGAUUUGUGUUUUAAAGAUACUAAGAAAUUAUGUAAGAUUCGAUGAAGGAUGUUGUAAUAUUGUAAAUCAGAAGAUUCGAAUCACUAAAACAAUAGUUUUUUUUUUGGGGAUGUUUUGGAUACUAUAAAAAAAAAUAUAGAGAUGUGAGUUGUCAACAGUCUAUCUUCUUCUCUUUUGUUGGGGUCAGUCAAAGUCUAUCUAUAUAUAUUAUGAUUUGUUUUUUUAAAGCAUUGAAAGAGACGCA